CGAACAUCAAAGUCUUCGGUCUCAAAGUCAGAGUCGUCCAAUUCCUCUGGAGUCUGUAAUGGGACAACAGAGCGUGAGAAAGUGGCAAAUCAAAAAAAACUACAAGGCUGGACGGGUGGUAGAUAAAGCAAAGUGAGCUUGCAGACGAGGGCUCCGCUCACAGCUCUGCAGAGGCUAUGCUGAGACUGAGCCGGCAUCGGAAGCAGGAUCUCUGGCUGCCAUCAACAAGUUAGGGUUGGGAGACCACAGCCAUGAAAGGGAAAAGCUUGAUCUUCGAAUAACCGCCUGAGCUGACAUCAUUGCAGCGGAAGGGAACCAAAAUAAUAAAAAAAGGAAAAAGAAGAAAAAGGGAGAGGGGGGAGAUCUGUUCGCUGGAGUCGCUCUGGAUGCAACUGAUCAACUUAAAUAUAUAUAUAUAUAUAUAAAUAUUUAUUUUCAAGGAUACGUGAGUUGGAGGAAAAAACUUCAUCCUUGAGCUUGGAUUUUAAGGGACUCAAGAAAAACAACGGGAUUAAACAUCAUCUCGGGACAUGGAAUUUCAUAUUUUGUUUCAAUUGGGUGGGUUCAGAAUUGCUUUAUUUCCAAAGAGGCUGAUUCCUUUUGUGCUCACUCAAAAGGGCUUUUUCCCUUUGGAUUUUUCUUCCAUCUGGUUGCUCCAAGAGUCUGCGGAAAAGGACAGUUGAAUGCAGCCUCCGAUGUGCACAAAAGAAUGGGUUUCCAUUCAAGGUGGCCAUUGGUGGGACAUGCACCAGCGGCUCUGUGUGUGAUCAGCAUGCUCCUUGUGUGCCUGCUGUCUCCUGCAUCGUGCACAACCUGCCCUCAAAAAUGCCGCUGUGAGGACCUGCAGUUCUACUGCGACACCCAGGGGCUUAAGGCUCCCCCAGAUGGCGUGGACAAGGGAGCCCUGGGGUUGUCACUACGCCACAACAGCAUCACUGAGCUGAGCCCCGAUCAAUUCUAUGGGUUCAGUCAGCUUACUUGGCUGCAUUUGGACCACAACCAGAUUACCACAGUACAAGAGGAUGCCUUUCAAGGGCUCUAUAAACUGAAGGACCUCAACCUGAGCUCCAAUCGUAUCACCAAGUUGCCCAACACAACCUUCAUCCACCUCAUCAACCUCCAGAUACUGGACCUGUCCUUCAAUCAGAUGACUGCAUUGGAACCAGAAUUGUUUCAUGGACUAAGGAAGCUCCAAAUACUCCAUCUCCGCUCCAAUUUACUUCGCACCACACCUGUUCGUGCAUUCUGGGACUGCCGCAGCCUGGAGUAUCUGGGCCUGAGCAGCAACCGUCUUCGGAGCCUGGCUCGGAAUGGAUUUGCUGGGCUCAUUAAGCUUAAAGAGCUCCACUUGGAGCACAAUCAGUUGACCAAGAUUAACUUGGCCCAUUUCCCUCGCCUUGUUGCCCUCCAAUUUCUAUAUCUGCAAUGGAAUAAGAUCAGCAACCUAACAUGUGGCAUGGAAUGGACCUGGACCACUUUAGAGAAGCUGGACCUCACAGGAAAUGAAAUCCGUGUCCUGACACCUGACGUGUUUCAAACGCUGCCAAAUUUAAAAAUUUUGCUGCUGGAUAACAACAAACUAAGCAGUCUGGAUUCCCAAGUCAUGGAUAUGUGGCAGUCUUUGGGUACCAUCGGGCUGUCCAGCAACCUUUGGGAAUGUACCAAAAGGAUUUGCUCUCUGGCCACUUGGCUUAGCACCUUCAAGGGAAGGUGGGAACAUUCCAUUCUCUGCCAUAGUCCUGAAUAUGCCCAAGGUGAGGAGAUACUUGAUGCUGUUUACGGAUUCCAGCUUUGCCAGAAUUUUUCAGCGCCAGUUGUUCAGACCAUUAGUACAACCACUGACGCUACUACAGCUGCAGAGAUCACAAGCUCCUUGUUUGGAAUUAUGCAGCCGACUCCCACGCAGGACUAUGCAGAGGAUUUUGGGAGCUUUACCACAUUCACAACCACUACAACCACAACACAAACACCACGCACUGCUCAAGCAACUACUGCUCCAUUGGAAGAGGCAGCUGUAACGGAUGACUUCUCAACAAUGGACAACACUGCUAUGACUCAUAGGGUUAUCAUUGGAACUAUGGCCCUUCUAUUUGCAUUCUUUUUCAUCAUUUUCGUUGUGUAUAUCUCACGGAAGUGCUGCCCUCCUACCCUGCACCGGAUACGCCACUGUUCGGCUAUUCAGAACCGCAGACAGAUGAGGACCCAGCAGCGACAGCCUAUGGCAGACCUAGCAACACAGGUACCCUAUAAUGAGUAUGAGCCCAGCCAUGAAGAAGGGGCACUUGUGAUCAUCAACGGCUAUGGGCAGUGCAAGUGUCAGCAACUGCCUUACAAAGAGUGUGAAGUAUGAACUCUUAUUUAUUCCUAGAGCAUAUGGUUUGUCAUUUGACCAUUUCAGAUGAUACAGGGUUUGCUUUUUUUGAUUUUUUUCCAGUUUAUGUAAAAAGCAUAAUUUCUACAAGUGAGAUUUAAGAAUAUGUGAGAAAUGUUGAAUACUACAAUGGCAGAGGUUGGACAGUGAAGGGACGAUCUAGAGAUAGUCACAAAUUUAUUUUUCUAUGAAUGCAAGGUUGUUAAUAUCAGGCAGGGGCAAUCAUUUUAAAGAAAAAAAAAUUGUAAACUGUGAGAAUUGUCUCCACAUUGUCUUGAUAUUCUGCAGCACAGUGAAACUACUUUGCCAAAUGGCCCUCUGCUAACAGAACAUUAAGUGAAGAAAUGUGAUUUAUGUCGUAUUUCUUUUAAACAGUAUAUAGUUGAAAUCAUGUUUCUACCUGCACCAUAGGCACUGUAAGCCAAACACUGAAUCACCGGGGCAAAUGAAUUGGUGCAAUGAUCAUGUUUUGUUUUAUAGAUAUAUUGUUUUGGGAGAGCUAUGAUACAUAAAAGGGCACCAAGACCAAACUUAAAUUCUGAACUAUAACUGUAAAAUAAAUAUCGCUAUUGUUAUGUUGCAAAUAAAGAUAAAUAAGGGAGAAAGAACCCAGAAAUUCUAUUCUAUUCAGUAAACUCUGAAGAUAGUUUCACAAAAUCAGACAUGAGUCAAUUACAACAACCUGUUUCCUUCUUAAAGAAUAUAUUUGGGUGGCCAGCAGGAAAAAAAAAGAAAAAAAGCUGUCCUUAGCCAAAAGACAAUAUAUAUUUUUAGUCAUUUGGAAUUCUUCCAAAAUGUCUUCUGUUUCAGAGAAUUUACGUUUAAUUUAAUAAAUUGGAAAGAUUUCAUUAUUAAAUCAGACUUUAGCUUGUGAAAGCAAAGCUGUUUAGCUGCUGACUCAAGCUGUUGGGGGUUUGAGCUCCCACCCACGAGGGCCAACUACCACAAAUAAAUUCUCAACCUGGGGGACACACUGAGCAUUGUUCAACUGUCCUUAAUCUCCUUUACACCAUGCUGUUGAGCCAAAAUUCGGUGAUGUCAACCUCACUUCCGAACUCAAUGAUUAGACCUUUAAAUGUAUAGCAAUCCGUUCAUGAAUUUUCCUUUUCCUCAAAUGCCACACAAACUGUGACCAUAAUAUUUCCAGCAGGUUCAUCUUGUUAAGUACAAUUUGCAGAUUUGCAAUAGUAUAGAAAAUGGUAGCAAGUGAAAGGGUAAUGAACAGUGCAAAUGCCAGAUAGCUGAGCAUUUCAUUCUGAAAAUACAACCUUUCCCAGUAGCCCCUGCUCUUUACUGCUUGCACACUAAUCAGGACUGACAGGCACAAGAUUGAACCAAUUAAGGCAAGGCAAAAAGAAUCUAAUAUUCUGUCACCUACACCAGUGAUCCAGCAACAUUUCGCCGUUAAACCACUCAAAAAAACAGCUCUAGUAUCAUCAUGCUCUGCAUCCCACAAAAACAUCAGUGAACGUUUCAUUGUAAGACAUUGUUCUUGUCAGGGAAUUGUCAUUUAUGAUCUUAACAAUGCCUCCGUGGUAUAUAAAUAAAUAUUAUUUAUAAAGGUUUCUGGCUUAGCGAUCACAAGUGUCAAGUUAAACUGCGGUCAAUACCCUGAGAGCAAAUGGAGAUCCAGUGAUAAGCAAACAGCAAGCCUGGGUCAGGACACAUUUGUAUGCAGCAGGGAGAGGAUGUGCAUUAGCAUCAGACUAAAGCUGCUGCCGCAGCUUCGCACUUCUUUGUGUUCAGUUUGGUAGUGGGGGCAGGGUGAAAGAGAGAGAUUGAGGGGUAUCGAGGGGAACUGAUGGGACGACGGAGAGGUGCAACUAUUAGGUAAUGAAAUGAUUGAGUUUAUGAAAACCAAUAAGAAUUUGGCCAAGUAAAAGUAGUAGAGAAUGGAAUGAUCACAACAAAGCAGCAGCAAUUUGACUAUUAUUCAACAGAUGAGCCAUCCAAGGUUUGAACGCUGCCAAAUUCCCAACCCUACUCCAAAUAUUCAUUUUUCCACCCCAACUGUUUAUUAUGUCUCUCAGUGUCUGCAAUUAAUAAGAUAAAAUGCUUGUGAUAGCACAGAACCUCGAAGUCAGAAGUCUGGAUGCGAGCAAUUAGGCUGCAGGUCAUUGGCGUAUGUCCCUUGGAGGUAAGCAGGAGGUACCAUUUGUGGCUUUGUCUCUUUAUUGAGCUUGUCAAAAUUUGGCUUCAAACAUCUAAAUGAAUGCUUGUGUGUCAAUGUAUCUCAGCACAUGCUCAUAGGAUGCCUCCAACAGCCUAAUGAAGUGCUUAUGUAAACCAAAAAUUGCUAAAACAAUGCUUACAUUGACCACAUUUCCAAAGCCGUGAACCUCCACUUUCUAAUUUAGUUUUCUUCCAGCUUCGCACUGCUUUUGCUAUUGCCCUUCCAAUCUGUCUUGCAUGCUCAACAGUCAAAAUUCAGUUAAAUAUUUCUUAAUGUCAUACAACAAACAUUAAGGAGAGACUUCAUUCUCUGAUAACACUGAGAAUGGGGAUGUAUAUGGAACUCCUAUAAAGUUCUGUCAAUCACUUGACAUUUCACUGUUUAAGAUUACAGUUGUACUAAGUGACUGAAAAUCCACAAAAUUUGUAGAAAUAUGCAUCCCUUUGCACUCUGGCUCUUUGUAAACAGUUUUUGUUUCCUCUUGUCAUUCUCUAGCCCUUACCCUCUACCUAAAAAAUAAUAAUAUAACUAAAAAAAAAAAUAAAACAAACAUGCAAAAAACAAAACAAAACAAAAAAAAAGUGAACCAAUCCCCUCUCUCUUACCCAACCUCUUUGUGCAAAAUGAAUGCUUUUCUCUUCCCAUUUUCCUUUUGUAUUGUAAUAUGUACAAUUUCAUAUCUGUAUAGUGGAUAAGAUGUGCCAAACUGAAAAAAACAUUGUCCCCUCAAAACAUAUAUUUUUUAAAUAAAAUGGUUAUAAUUUACAAAGUGUUUGCUAACUGAUGGAUGCUCACAA